CAUGUGACUGAGUGCCGUCUCAUGCACACAGUGGAGCUAUGGUUCUCUGCUGCAAAGGGGAACCCGUCCUCAAAGCUGUAGUAAGAGUAACCUUUGGGGGAAAAACUCUGACCCUCAUGAAAACUUUCCCUUCAAAAUGCCUCCUUCCAGGCAUUCCGAGAUGCCCGUCAUGGUGGAAGAUAUCAUGAAGCUGCUGUGCUCCAUUUCUGAACAUGAGAAAAUAAAGACUGCCGUCAAGCACUCAAAGAGGGCCGCCGUCCUCGGAGCGUCUAUAAUCUUUGUUGGUGGCUUGGUUGGAGGCCCGCAGGGAAUAGCCGUGGGGGGCAUCAUCGGGGGCGUGUUAGGUGCCUGGAUGACACGUGGGCAGUUCCAGUCAAUUCCGCAGAUCCUAAUGGAGCUGCCGCCCGCUGAGCGGCAGAAGCUGGCGAAAGAGGCCACCAACAUCCUCAGGGACCUGGAGUGGACAGAUGCUGGGCAGCUGAUCAGGAAGGUCAUGGCCAAUGAGGCCCUCAAGCAGAAGCUCCUGGCCAUGCUGGUGGGCUACGUUUCCAAGUGGCUGAAAGCCUAAAAGUGCGGUAUGACGACUAGGCAGCAUGACGGGCUCUGAGAGGCAACGGGAGUGGGGGUGCCAGUCAUCGUGUGUUACCUUAAGCUGGAGUGACAGCUCCUGCGGGACAGGCGUCCGGUGCCCUGUGUCCCGUUCUGUGGUGGCCUCAGGUUCUUCUGCUUGAACUUUGACAAAAGGUGUAAUAAACUUCUGCAAUUUUUGUUGGA